UGGCAGGCUUCCAUCCCGUCUGUUUCCUCCCCUCCCCACCGCUAAGCCCGAGGGUGCGCCCGUGCUCCGCCGCCCGCCGCCAUGGUGCUGGAGUCGGUGGUGGCGGACCUGCUCAACCGCUUCCUGGGCGACUACGUGGAGAAUCUCAACAAGUCUCAGCUCAAGCUGGGCAUCUGGGGGGGUAACGUGGCGCUUGAUAACUUGCAGAUAAGAGAGAAUGCACUGAGUGAGCUGGAUGUGCCUUUUAAAGUAAAGGUUGGGCAAAUAGAUAAGCUUACUCUGAAGAUUCCUUGGAAGAAUCUGUAUGGCGAGGCAGUGGUUGCGACUCUAGAAGGCUUAUAUCUGCUCAUUGUUCCUGGAGCAAGCAUUAAAUACGAUGUGGAGAAGGAAGAAAAAUACUUGCAGGAUAAUAAGCAAAAAGAGCUAUCAAGAAUUGAAGAAGCUCUGCAAAAAUCAGCAGAGAAAGGCACUCAUUCAGGAGACACCAUAUAUGGCUUGGAGAGCUUUGUUUGCAAGGAUAACAAGUCUGGACGUAAGCGUAAAAAGCAUAAAAAGCAUUUUAAGAAACCCUUUAAAAGUCAUGAUCACUCAAAAGAUAAGCCAAAGGCAGAGAAAAAAGAUACAUUCUUAGAAAAGCUGGCAACUCAAGUUAUAAAAAAUGUACAAGUCAAAAUCACAGGCAUUCAUGUUAGAUAUGAGGAUGAUAUCACAGAUCCCCUUCGGCCACUUUCUUUGGGAGUGACAUUGGGUGAACUUAGUUUACUGGUAAUGGUUGUGUUUUUUAGCUCUGUUUCAUUUAAUCUAAUUUAUGAUGAAGAACAUAGUUACAGGAUUUAGAACAUAAUACAGACUUGCUGAACAGAUUUGUAAACCGACUACUUGGUUCUGUUUACUUAAAGCUGUGCAUGUAGUUGUGUUUUGCUUUCAAUCAAUCACUGUCUCUACAACUAUUAUUCAUGUUUUUGUGGUCAAACAUGGGCUGAGAGCCCGUAGAGGAAGGUCUGUCUGUGGCUUAGAUUACGUCACUUGACCUCAUGCUUCAGCUCAUCUGUGUAACUGGAUAGAAGGAAGUGUUUAUUGCUGAUUUUACAUUAAUCUGACCUAGGUAAAAUAGGAGAAACAAUUCUAUGUUGCAGUACUACUUGGAACAAUUUUUUUCUAGGUCAGCUACUAAAUACAAGGAAUUCAUAGAAAAUACAAGUUCAGUCAGAGCUAGUUAACUAGAAAAAUCUACAGGAGAAGAGAAAAAAUCAUAUAUGGAUAUUUUUGCUUAAUACUUUUGUGAAUUCUUUGAUGUUCAGUAACACUUGAAAAAUGCAAAAAGAAAUGUAACUUUCUUUAUCAUUGAUCUGUUGGACAGGCUUAACAUUUUGGUAUUAGAUGAGAAAUCUAGAACAGUAUUCUGUGAAUUGUGUCGAGAUGGAAGCUGGGAUUGUGAAAAGCACUUAACUUUGCUCACAUUGUGGUCAAUGCCAUCUCAGCACUGAGGGCUUUUGAAAUCCCCCGCCUUAAUCUUCGUAUUCAUGUUACUUACACAUAGGUCCCAAAACCUAGCUCAAUAUUCUUUUUUUAAAGAAAGAUAGAAUCAGCAAUGUUGAUUCUGGAGUGUACACUGUGUUAUUCAUUAUGUAUGUGAAACUUGAAAUUCUUGUUUGAGGUGACCUCUACAUACUCCUAUUUGUGGGAAGCACCUUGUUUUCUACUGCCACUGAGUUUAUGCAAAGAGUUGGUCCU